UCAACGAGAGGGCUUUAUUGACGGAGUGUGUGUGUAGUUAUUUACGGAAUUCAACUUAUAGCCUGUAGUACGAAAACCCUGUCGAGGGUUAUGGCACUUUACAACGGCGAGGCUAAAAAAGAUGUGAACGUGUUUCGUGAAGGGAAUCAUAUUUAUAGUGUUACAUGUUUCAGUAGUUCAGGGAGUAGCAGUAUUCAAAGUGGGAGAAGUCAGAGUACCCAACAACAACAGUGGCACGAUGUGAAAGUAAAUGUUUUAAGUUCGAAACCUUCGGAUAUUCUUCAAUCAGCCAGUGAUUUCAGGGAAUCUUUAGGCGGGGUAAGGAAUCAGUAUUUAAACUCAAGCGAUUCUACACAACUUCCGCAAAGUUUUACUUCGGUUCACAGGAAUAUUUCUUCCACUGAUCAGGUAAGAGGUGAAGGUGAAAACAUGCACAGCGGGAGCCUACACAGCACCGAUCAACGGGCUACUUUCGUGAGUAGCAUAAACGUGAGGGACUCGAAACCUCCGCCGAUCCCCCCGUCCCUGUUGGGAGGAAACAUUGGGCUGACCAUUUCGACAAAUUCUCCCGCUCAUUACCAGAGUGGCCCUUGGCCGGGUGGGAAGUCGAUGUCCACAAUGGGAGUUCCCCUACCGCUCUCGCCAGACAGAAAUGUAUUGAUCGGUGGCUCUCGUUACCCCGCCCCUAAGACUACAUUGAUUAACUCGGUAGGGCGAAGCAAUAGUCCCGGGCAAUCACAACAAAUCAGUUCUUCCGUUCAGUACCAGACUGUUUACCAUCACGGGCUGACUUCUGGAAAUAAUAGUUCGAAUUAUUCAAGCCCUCGUUCUAGUGUGGGUAGUGGAGAUUCUAAGAAUUCCAGCCCACGUACUAGUUUAACCAACCCUGCUUUGUACGAGCAGAAGUUUGGCAACCAGAGCCCUAGAUCUAGCCUUGCUUUGGUAAGUCCUAGGUCUAGCUGGAAUUCAACUGGAUUCGAUUCUAAGCAUUCUAGUCCAAGGACUAGCAUAUCGGGACCCCAGGACCGUAUUGGCCUGCCUAUUCAACGGAUUAUUGGUGGAUUAGAAAAUGAUGGAAGUAAUGGUAGACCACAUCAGCAGAUUUCACAGUCUAUCAUCAGCCUAGGGCCCCGGAAUGUGUCUCUGCUCAAUGACAACAGAUUCAAUGAGCCAGCCCCUCCCCACAUCUACACUGACCCAAGACAAAGGACUCUCCCACCACAGGCUGCAGUAAGUGUUCAUACCUCUACCUAUGCAACGAGUGUCAACAACAUGAUGAACCACACACACAACAGUGGAUCUCAAAUGGUUAUUUCAUCCAAUUACUCUGUCUCAAAUGGCAACCCCUCGUCAAACAGCACCCCGCCUUCUUUACCCGCCAGGGUUCCACUAAAUUAUAACGGCUCUGUACAACAAAACUCAGAUGCUGAAAAGGCCAUCGCCGCCCUCACGCAGCAGCUGGAAAGGGAUAUGAGCAUCACCAGCUCUGGAUCUAAAAAAGGUCCUGAAUCUCCGACUACCCAGAUGGAACCACCUCCACCAUACCAUGGUCCUCAUGACGUUCAAACCUCCGUCAAGCAUAUCAACCCAAAUCAGCCACAGAAAACCAACGUCAAACUAGUGGCACCUGUUCAAGGAAUCCAGGUUCAAACUGGGUCAGCAAAUCCAGGGUCUCGAAAUUCAUCCAUAAUUUCACCUGGAAUGAAGUCUCAUCUUGCGUUCCAAGUAACGCCUCCCAAAAGUAAAGGCCCUUCUGAUGCUGAACGUAAACUCGCAGCAUUGACACAACAACUUGAAGAAGAAAUGGAUCAUAUAGCAGCUGGGGAUUAUUUUGGUCAGUGCGUCACGUGCGGGGAUAAAGUGACGGGCGCCAACGAAGCGUGUCAGGCCAUGGGGAAUCUGUACCACACGAAGUGCUUUGUUUGCUGCUCUUGUGGUAGAACACUGAGGGGCAAAGCUUUCUACAAUGUCCAUGGGCGAGUAUACUGCGAGGAAGAUUAUCUGUAUUCAGGUUUUCAACAGACAGCAGAGAAAUGUGUUGUCUGUGGCCAUUUAAUUAUGGAAAUGAUCCUGCAGGCUAUGGGCAAGUCCUACCACCCAGGGUGUUUCAGAUGUUGCAUUUGCAACGAGUGCCUGGAUGGUGUCCCUUUCACAAUAGAUGUAGACAACAAAAUAUAUUGUGUGGCAGACUACCACAGGGUGUAUGCACCUAAAUGUGCUGCAUGCGGACAAGCCAUCACUCCUGUAGAUGGUACAGAAGAAACUGUUAGGGUGGUAUCAAUGGAUAAAGACUUCCACGUUGAUUGUUAUCACUGUGAGGACUGUGGGCUUCAACUAACAGACGAGGCUGACAAGCGCUGCUACCCCUUAGAUGGACACCUCUUCUGCCACAGUUGCCACAUAGCCCGGCUCAACGCCCAGUUCCCUAAUGAAAGCUUCUACGUUGACCCCCUGACCUACAACAUCCACAACCGUGGGGAGGUACGGCGGGGCAGUGAUGCCAGUAACGGGGACAGCACCCACAUGAUGCACCCCUACUCAGCCAUGCCCAUGCACGCGGGGCUGAGCACAGUUCCACCUCUGGUCAUUGGUCAGACAGGGGGCAACAGUAGCCACAACGGUGAUGGUCAUCUCUACGGAAACAACGGUUACUCGCAUAAUGGACAUUCAGGAUUAAAUGCUCAGAUGGACGGUGGCCUGUCCAACGGCAACUUGGGUUACAUCAGGGCCAGGGGUAGCAUGGGGAGCAGCCAUAGCAGUGGGGGUAGCCAGAGCAGCUUCCCCGGGAGUCCGGUUCAUUCAAACACACCAACACUAGUCCACAACCAUCUUCAGAAUCACGACCUAGGGUGUAAUCACAGGCAAGGUGAGAGCCCCCACAGGGCGCCUCCCCCACCCCCGCCUUACAACGGAAGCACCUCGGGGAGCGUGACUGGCAGCAGCAACCAUAGCAGCCCCGCCCAUCGCUCCAGCGAAGGCUACGCCUACCUCUUCCAACACAGCAACCACUCCAGCCCCGCUCACAGUGUGUUCUCCAGCAUGGAUAACUCCGGGCACCCUGACAGAAACCUGCCUGGGUACUCACCUGCUGCUCCCACCCACAACAGUCACAAUUUUAAUCAUAGCAUGGAAAGCCCAUACAGGUCAAGCUACGGGCAACAGUCCCCCUCCCCUGGGCCACCCCCACCUCUCCCUCAAAGGCCGGCGUCACAUUUUGCGUUUUCACCUGGUCAGCACCCCUCCUCGUUACCGCAGAAACCAGCUAGUUCCUACCAUAUAACUGAUUUAUAAGUGUCAACGCUUUUGUUUCAUUAGAAGAAUGGUUAAACUUUUCGAUAUGGUACUGUGAUCCACAGAGAAUCAAAAAGAAAUCUCAGAACAUGAACCACAAUGAUAUGACAUCUGAACUUUGUCUCAUUAGAUCAAUACUUGAUUAAUAAUAGUUCAGCCUUGAGGUAUAUAUCUUAAGUAUUAAAACUUAUUCACAUCAAAUUAUGUCAAAAUUAAAUUUUAUGUGUGUGCUUCAACUUUAUGUUUAACUUAAUUCAGUUUUAUUUUGAAAGUACUAUCUAAUUCAUUAAUUUUUGAAUGAUAUUUUUACCUCUUAAAGUAAAAAAACGAACUUUUUCAUUUUAACAAAAAUAAUACUUGUAAAUGUCAAUGAAACAAAUAACUGUCAUGUGGUUAGUUAAAGUUAAAUUUUAAAAAUGUAGCUAGCUUACCAGUAGCUUUACAGAUAUAAAUUAUUAAAAAAAGUUAUUAAAAAUAACAUAUUUUACUUCAUAACAUAUCAAAUAUUUUAUUGUUUGCCUCAUAAAUCAUUAUUUAUUUAAAGAUUCCUCCUUCAUUAAAACAAAUCUGUAUUGUAUUAUUAAUUGGUCACAAUAGCAUGACUUGGAAUUUAAAUUAAUUUUAUUUCUUUUCAUAUAUUAUCAUAAAUUAUGAGAAGAAAAACUAUAAAAUAUCAGCUAAAAUUGUUUAUCAAGUCAAAGCUGAAUUCAUUGUUUUGUUUGAAUUCCAGUCAAAGUUUUUAAAGCAUAAAUAAUUUCCAGUAUUUAUCUAAGUGUUGAUCUGCACAGCUUGUUCAUUGUGUCUCUGUGUGCUCAACUUGCAUGCCCUACUCUGUCCUGAAUGGUUACUGUAAAUACCUUUUACUUUGGUAUGCCAUGUAAAUAUGUUUUUCUAUGGUGAAAUAACAAUAGAAUUUUCAAUAGUAAUACUUGAAAUUGAUUAUGGUAAUUAUGUUGUAAAUACAUAAAACUUUAUUUUUGUUUUGCUGGUGACUUAGUUUCUUAAUGUACUAAAACUAUUUAGUUAAUAGGGAAGACCAAAUCUAUUUUAUCUGUUUGUAUUUUAAGUCAGUUAUUUUUUUAAAAUAAAGUUAAUAUGAAUAAUAUUAAUAGUAGACAAUUAUAAAAUGUCUCUUUAGGAUUAACUAUAAAGUUCCGUUUUCCCCAUUUUACUAAUUUAGUAAAUAUUCUGUGUGAAGACAGUGUUUUAUCUGGUAAGAUCUUGAUCUUGGAGUUGUCUGUAAAACCUAGGAGAGUUGUCUCACCCACACCUAGUAGAUAUUCCAAGAGCACUUUGUUAAUGUGUCACUUGCAACCUAAUGUUCGGUUUUCCUCAUCUUACUAUAUUUAGUAAAUAUUCUCUGUGAAGACUUUAUCUGGCAAGAUUUCAGUUUAAUUUUGAGUUAAGAGACUUGCCUCAGACACUCCUAGUAGAUAUUCUAAAAGCACUUUGUUAAUUAUUGUGUCACUUGCAAAUAUUUUUUUUUUUAAAUGGCAAGGAAGGAUUUGAACAAUUGUAUAGAAUCUCAUUGUUUACAUUGUUAAUUUAAAAGUAUUUUAUUUAGUUUAAAGAAGAAAAAGUUUUUUAAUAUUUAUUAAAUGUAGAAUAAAAAUAUUGUUGUAAUGUUCAAGUAAACAAAAUUGUUACAAGUUAGGCGUAUGUAAAAAUUUAAAUGAUAACCAAAAGUACGUUGAUACAUUUAUUUAUUUUAUUUUAUUUAGGUUUGUUAAUCUAUAUUUUAUCCGUGUUUUAGAACUUCUUCUAAGUUAUAUAUUUACCGAAUGUUUUUUUUUAACAUUCUCAUUGUUUUACAUGUUUUUAUUAACCCUUUUAAUAUCACAAAUCACUGGACUGAAAAUUAUAACAUAGGACCAACAUGAGGCUCUAUGGUAUGAAUUAUUUAAUAGUAAACAUCGUCUCACAGCUUGAUUAGGUUAAAACUUAUUCUGUGUUCCAACUUGUUGAUUCAUACAGAACGCUAGAAAUAUUAACCUAAUGGUACUUAAAAAUUUAAAACAUUAGAUUCAGUUCCCAGACAAUCAUUAUUAUCUUUAAAGCUACAACAUGUAUGAACAUACUAAGCCAAAUAAUUUAUGUAUACAGUUUUUACCUCAUAGCAAUCAAAAUUGUUUGACUGUUGUACCACAAAAUCAAACACAGCUGCUAGUUUUAAAAUAUUUUACAGUAAAAUCAAAAUGAAAUUUUAUAAAAGGCAGUUCUUGAAUUUAAAACUUAAAAUUAGAAUUAUUACAUGUAAAACAUACAUUUUUUGUUCUGAUGCAUAGUUAAUGGCAUAAAUAAAUAAUCUCUAGUCUGUCCUAUAGUUAAUGAAAGAUAAUCUAUUUAUAGUUUUGUUUUUCACCGAUGUGUGACAGAAGCUAUUGAUUUUUUUUAGAUUUUUUAUUUAAUAUAUUUAUGUAAAGAAAUGUUGUCUUUCUUUUUUUAAUGCUAUCUGUAAUAUAACAAGAGAAAUGUUUCUAGCUUAGCCAUUUUUUCCUGUAUUUUCCAUGUAGAAGCUUGUUAAAUAGCUUUUUAUUUGUUUUAAAAAAUAAACAUGGAUUAGAAUUUUCAGUUGUCUCUUAAUUUCAAGAACUGUAUUUAUUUAUAGGCCUACAUUGACGCAAUGUUACUGUAUAUAUUUAUUAAUCAACCAUUUAAAAUUUGUCUUUGGCCUAAGUUUAAAUACAAAUUGUCAAGUAUGUACAUAUUUUUAGCAGCAUAUGACUUAGAAUGAAAGAGUUAUAAUAAUUGGCGAAAUUCAUGUGUUAUUAAUUCAGUUUGGUACUCAAAAAAUCUUGAAUGAUAUGGUUACAGAAAUGGCAUGGUUGAAUUUUCAAAUGAUUGUAUAACUAAUAACAUGAAACAAUUUUUAAAGUUAUUUUAAAGGGAGUAAAAAAUUUGUGGUUUAGAGAUAAUAUAGUUGUGAUCCAGUUGUUUUAACUUGAUGAGAUACUUGUGUUUUGGUGAUUAAAUAGUUAUUGUAAAUCAAAUUCCACAAAAGUUUGUGGAUUUUAAAGUUGACAGAAAAUGGUUUAAAAGAAUUCAUAAAUAUAUCACAUACUUGUUAGUGAUAAUGUUUGAAGUAAGGUGUUUCUUUCGAGUGAAACUUAUAAUUUAAAUAUACAAAAUUUUGAUCUAAAUGUUUCAUUAUUGCGAGAUGUACAAAGUGACCCAUCUUUAAUUAUGACAUAAACAUAGGCGGAUCUAGGGUGAGGCACUGCUUUUGUGUGUGUUGGGGUGGGGAGGGUGAAAAAAUGAAGGCCCAUCAAAAUUUAACAAUUUUUUUGCUUGUUUGUAAUGUUCAUAUUUUACACCAGAUGUUCAUGUCUUGAUUCUUCUUAAUGUUAUUUGUACAGCUAUGAGCAUGUAGGCCUUGCCCCUAACCAUAAUAUAUAUUUAUAUAUAUAUCUACUCCCCCCCUUCCCAAACACCCUUCACUUCUAGAUCCGCCUAUGUCACAGAAUAUAUUGAUUACCUCCCCUACUGUUCCACCAAAACUUUGUUAUCAUUCAAUGUCUCAAAUGUGUGUGGUUUUUUCAUAUUAGAAAACUAUUUCAUUUUAUUAUUUAUAUUUGCUCUUUUUUUGUUUGUUUUCUUUCGUUUAAUUUAAUUUCAAAAAAUAUUUUUUUCACCUGCUUGUCAAAUA